GAAGUCCUCUCUCUUAUUCGCUCAAACCUCCAGGCCAUGGCUUCCUUUCUCUCCCUAAGCCUCUUCUUCUGCUUCUUGUUCUCAGACAUUUCUUCCGCCAUAAAUGGAGCUCACCGGACGGCGAGGUUCGAAUUUCAAGAGGCGACGAUCGACCAGAUACGGACCGCCUUCGACCGCCAAGAGCUCACCUCCAGGGAGGUGGUGGAGUACUACCUGGGUGCCAUUCGCGAGCUCAACCCUCGGCUCAGGGCCGUCAUCGAGGUGAACCCGGAUGCGCUGGCCCUGGCGGACCAGGCCGACGAGGAGAGGCGGCUGCGGCCGGACCGGGCCCGCUCGCCGCUGCACGGGAUACCGGUGCUGCUCAAGGACAGCCUGGCCACGAAGGACAGGCUCAACACCACGGCGGGGUCGUUCGCGCUGCUGGGCUCGGUGGUGCGAACGGACGCCGGCGUGGUGACCAGGCUCCGGCGGUGUGGGGCCAUCAUUCUGGGAAAGGCGGCCCUCACCGAGUGGGGCCAUUUCCGGUCGUUCCCCACGCCCAAUGGAUGGAGCGCUCGCGGCGGCCAAGCCAUGAACCCAUACGUAGCGACUGCAGACCCAUGCGGUUCGAGCACGGGGUCGGCCACCGGCGUGGCUGCAAACUUGGCGCCGGUAUCGCUGGGGACGGAGACGGACGGCAGCAUCAUCUGCCCGGCCAGUGCUAACUCCGUAGUCGGAAUCAAGCCCACGGUCGGCCUCACCAGCAGAGCUGGCAUGAUCCCUGUUUCUCCAAGACAGGACACCAUCGGGCCCUUCUCUAGAACUGUAGCAGAUUCAGUUUAUUUGUUAGAUGAAAUUGUAGGAUAUGAUCCAAGAGAUAGUAUCGCAACAAGAGAAGCUGCUAAGUUCAUUCCAGUGGGUGGGUACAAGCAAUUCUUGAAAAAAGACGGACUUCACGGGAAAAGACUGGGCAUAGUUCGACAGCCUUUCUUCAACUUUUCUUCAGAACCCUCUCUUGCCAAAAUUUUUCAGGAUCAUAUUGACACGAUGAGGAGGUACGGGGCGGUCAUUAUUGAUAAUCUUGAGAUACCAAACAUAAGUACGGUCCUCAACUACAAUAUCAGCGGGGAGCUACUCGCUCUAGCCUAUGAAUUUAGGGAAAGUAUAAAUUCUUACCUGGCAGAUCUUGAGAGUUCUCCUAUAAGAUCUCUAGCUGAUGCAAUCGCCUUCAAUUCACAACACCCGGUCUUGGAAAAGCUUGAAGAAUAUGGGCAAGAAAUUUUCUUGUUCGCAGAGAACACAAGUAACUCAGGGGAGCAAGCGAAGAUGGCGGUGAAGGCAUUGAAUGAACUGUCCAGAAAUGGGUAUGAGAAAAUGAUGCAGGAUAACCAUCUGGAUGCAAUGGUCACACCUGGUGUUUCUUUCUCCGCCGCAUCUGUUUUGGCCAUUGGAGGAUACCCAGAAAUCAGUGUUCCUGCUGGGUACUAUGGAAAGGAUGGGGCACCAGUAGGGAUAUGCUUCAGCGGACUCAGGUUUUCAGAGCCAGCUUUGAUAGAAAUUGCAUACUCUUUUGAACAGGCAACCAAAAUAAGGAGAGCCCCAAAGGUUCAUGUCUAAGGAUUCUAAGCCAUUAAGGAAGUUGACCUUUGAGUUAUGUAGUUAUCUUGAUAGAUCAGCUUGUAAAGUUAAUGCUUUACUUUCCAGGUAGGUUGGAAGUGCAUCUAAGAAUAAAAAUAAGGUUUCACUGAAUCUAUUACA